UGACGAUCUCCUCAUUCACGCAAGUUCCGAGGCUCCUCCUGCCCAUCACUAAUCAUGGAAUGAGCAGAGGGAAGCUGAUUUUCACACAAUCACAUUCCGGUCUAGCUAUUUGAAGCAAGGACUCCUCCACUUUCAUGCGUGGUGUGAGAGUGAAUGAUUCCGAGGCACCAUGUUGCAUCCCUUGGUUAUCAAGUGUGAUAACAAGAGAUGCGAUCCUUCACACGUCUAGACUGCUUCCCCGCGCCCGUCUGACGACCGUGCAGUUAGGCUACUUUGGAGCCAGCCUACAUCAUGCACAGCAGAUGGACGGUUAUUUCCAUCUAUGAUUGGUCAUGUCCUUUAUAAGUUGGAGAAUCUGCAGGCUUGUUAUUCAGCGUUGCAGUUGUCCACGCGUGAUGUACAUCCAUGAAGGACUUCGUGGUGUAGCAAUGGCGGAAUGGAUCCAAGGAUGAAUACUCGCCUAGGUAUAUAACGCUUGGUAUCACUCCACUUCCCAAGGGUAUAUGUAUCCGUACUGCAGCCAUUGUCAUUGCCAUAUUAUAUCGCUGGUCCUUUCGCUGAAUAUAUCAAGAAGUCCAUCGUACGGUACACAUUGACUCUAUCACAAUGACUUCGCUACCGAAGACCUACAAGGCUGCUGCUACCGUCAAGACCGGCGAGCCACUAGUCAUCCAAGAGUACGAACUGAAGGAGCCCGGCCCCGGCCAAGUCCUCGUCAAGGUCCUCGCGUGCGGCGUGUGUCACACAGAUAUCUUGACAUCGAGUGGUGCCCUCGGCGAGCCAUGGCCUCGUGUUCCGGGUCACGAAAUCGUUGGUGACGUCGUUAGUGUUGGCGAUGGGGUGACCAAAUUCGCCAAAGGUGACAGGGUAGGAGGGCCGUGGCACGGAGGUCAUGACAGCACGUGCCGUGCUUGCGCCCGCGGCCUGUUCAACAUCUGCGACAACGCGAAGGUUAACGGCGUCAGCUUUGACGGUGGGUACGCCGAGUACGUGCUUCUGCGCGCGGAGGCCGUAGUGCGCGUGCCCAAGGAGCUCGACCCAGCGGAGACGGCGCCGCUGCUGUGUGCCGGCGUGACCGUCUUCAACAGCAUGCGCAAGCAGCACGUCGAGCAAGGAAGCCUAGUAGCGGUCCAGGGGCUCGGUGGGCUGGGCCAUUUAGCAGUGCAAUACGCCAACAAGAUGGGGUACCGCGUCGUGGCCAUCAGCUCCGGGAGCGCCAAGGAGUCAUUCGCGCGCGAGCUCGGGGCGCACGAAUACAUUGACACGAGCAAGGAUGACCCGGUCAAGAAGCUACAGGAAAUGGGAGGCGCCGCGAUGAUCGUUUCGACGGCACCGAACCCCAAAUCUAUCAGCCCCUUAGUCGGCGGCGUCGAGGCCGGCGGGAAGCUACUCGUGCUGGCACCGAUAGGCCCCGUCGAGUUCGACACCGCGAAUAUGGUUAUCAAGGGCAUCUCAGUGGUGGGAUGGCCUGCGGGCCACGCGCUCGAUUCCGAGGACGCGAUUCUCUUUUCGCAGACCCACGGCGUCAAGUGCAUGAUUGAGAAGUUCAAGCUCGAGGACGCUGCGAAGGCGAUGGAGCACUGCGCUUCUGGAAAGGCGAGGUUCAGGGGAGUUCUGGUCAUGUAAGGGGAGAGGCUGAGAAUCAAUGUCUUAUGCUUUGCAAUUAGCACACUGAUGUAGCGUUAAGCUUGCGUUUUGAAUCCUUGAGAUCUAGCAGGCGGUGAAAGCAAAUUGAGUUUCAUUCUCUACAAUGCUAUCGGAUGAAUCUACCUGGACUCUUUCAAGUGUGGUGUUCUAUAUGUGCUCAUAUCCUUCAUCCUGUGUAUACUAGUAGCAAGAUACUUCUCUGAUGUCUGUCGCAAUACUCUUAACUUAACUUAACCGAUAAACAAUAAACUACAGGAAUUGAACCCAACCCACUACCUAGCCCAC